AUGUCACUUUCACCAAUAAGUCGCUGGAUCUCGACUCUUCCUUUACUUCUACUCCCCUUGGCAGCAGCGGUGCCACUCCCAUCAGAUUCUGGCACUUCCUCUCUUUCAGUCCCUACCACUCGUUACCCGGUGAUCACAAAUGCAGGAACAAUCAGGUACACUUCGUCUUCUCCUUCCACAAUCACGGCUACCUCUACCUCUGCACCUCCAACAAUCACCGCUGCAUCAUUUGAUACGCAAUGGGACACCUACCCAACAGCAGUCCCAAGCAUAUCCAACAAUGACCCCGAAACAACUAUGGUGCCUGUGCUAGUCCAGCAAGGGGAUACUUCCAGCGAUGCUUAUGGGCUAAGUCCUACGCCAACAUCAUCUUGGGCUCUACCACCGAUGUUUUCAGACAUGUCACCAUUCAACGUAUCGACGUAUGCGGCCGGAAAGCCUAAUAUCGCUAUCCUUUCUGGUUCACCUGAAUCCGGUAACAAUACCGAUGGAAGUGAAAGGUGGGAUCCAACUCGAAACGCUUUACAAAUUUUGUAUCCUAGCGGUUCGGUUAAUCCUGGUAAUUCACCUCAAGGUGGUGCAGAAUUCUACUCUGCUCCUCUUGAUAUCAGAAAGGCAACCAACGCAAGUUUAGAGUACAGCGUAUACUUUCCCCCGGACUUUGAUUUUGUGAAAGGUGGGAAAUUACCAGGAUUGUACGGUGGUCAUAAAGGUUGUUCGGGUGGUAAUGCUGCUGAAGACUGUUUUAGUACUCGUUUGAUGUGGAGAGCAGGUGGUCAAGGUGAACUUUAUCUGUAUGCACCAAAAGAUAAACAAACGCCAUCGUUAUGUCAGACGCCUCCUAAAUCCAUUUGCGAAUCCGAAUAUGGACUUUCGAUCGGAAGGGGAUCUUGGAAAUUCGCUUUGGGUGAUUGGACAACUGUACGACAGGACGUAUGGUUAAAUACACCUGGACAAAAUGACGGUGGUUUCAAUAUCUGGGUAAAUGGUCAGUUAGUGAUUUCAGCAAACGAUGUCAGGUACCGGGAGAAUGGAGACACUUGUUUGCAAGGUGAAGAUGAUGGAUCUUCGGCUGAUUCACCAAUGAUAAAUACUAUUGGAUUUUUGGGUGAUAGUGUUGGAGGAACACCAAAUUUAACAAAUUCAGUAGUUGAUGAAGAUUGGUUAGCUGAAGAACAGAUGAUUAGUAUGACAUCAACUUCAAUCUCUACAAUCACUGUCACAUCUACCAUACCACCUAUCUCUGCAUAUUCAACUGGUUAUACACCGGAACCAACCAUUACUUCUAGUCCAACCGCUGGUUCUUCGUCGUCCGUACUACGAAAGCGUCAAGAUGACGAUCAAUCACAAACGUCUGACCCAACACCGUCCUCCAUAUCCGAACAUGACAUGGUGAUCACUAUCCCAGUCACUGAAGGGAUCACCACCGUCACGGCUACAGCUCCUACUGCGUAUAUCACUGUUCCUACUACCAUGACCGCUACCAGUACAGUGAUCAACGAAGUGCAAGUGACCGUUACUCCUUCAGCAUCAACUGUCUACGUCACCGAAGACUCGGCCGCAGAAACCUGGACUCCAGUGAUCACAGCUUCCAACAGUGCAUAUGGUUCUCAACCGACUGGUUCGGGCAGUGAUGGAGGGUCAAUCGUACUUCGUCCGCAAUCGUUGGUCGAUCAAGUAACCGAAGCAGCUCCACUAGCCGCCACAGAGUAUGCACCCCUUCAGCCCAUAAUCCUCAAAUCGCCUCCUGGAAGAGUCAUGUCUUCCUCUGACCUCAACACGGUCCAAGCUCAGUCUUCAUGUGGGGUGGGUUUUAUAGGACUAUUCUUCUCAACUUUCUUCGGGGGCCAUACCUCCGAUUGGGCAAGUCCAAAAGAUCAAUACACUUAUUUCAGGGAUUUCAAAAUGUGGUUCAACAACUAA